CUAAAUGCAACGGAUUUAACUCAUCCCCACGCCAACCCUCGCCUCCGUCUCUCUUUCUCGCUCUCUCUCAUAUGCGCGCAGACAAAGUGCAUCCUUUCCGCAACAUGCCGGGUGGGUCGCUGUCCCACUGAGGAAGAACUAUUCAAGACUUUAAAUAGUCCCCAUGGUCCAACGCAAGAGAAUCGGUCAUGAAAGCUUUUCCCCCACUUGUCAGGCCAUGUCUCGCCGAUGUGCUGAUUGACAAAGGCGUGGUUACCGGUCCAGCGUUAUAGCUCGCAUUUCCAGCCCUGCCAAUGCGGCGUCGCUGCCUGUGGGUUACCCAGGCAAUCGUCCUGCUUGGCCUGCUCGCUGCAUUUUACCUCACACAAUCACAGUCCCAGGCGCUUCUACAGCAAGACCCUGUCACUAUCAACCCUCUCAAGGUUGCCAUUCCACAGACAGUCCACCAACUCUUCAUCUCGACAUCAGGAUCCCGCGGAUCCGGCUUCUAUCCGGACAGACAUAGCAUCUCGUGGCUCCAAUCAGGAUGGAAAGUCGAGUACUGGAGGGAGACUUCCUGCUACGAACUUGCGCAGGAACUCGAUGAUACUGGGUCAUACGCAGCCACAUUCCAAGCCCUACCCGCUCCUAUCCUGAAAUCCGACUUUUGCCGCUACUUGAUCUUAUUCGGGCGGGGUGGGAUUUACAAUGACCUCGAUGUCCACCUCCUCCACCCGUUGCCGUGGCCAAUCAUGGGUGCAGUCAAAGAUGGUGUUGAUGAACCACCCGCUGUGAUUGUGGGCCUGGAGGGCGAUGCCGCCACAACUGGCCUGCCCCGAUCUCCGCAGUUUGUUCAGUGGACCAUGGCAUCCGUUCCUGGUCACCCCAUCUUUCGUGACGUGUUGCAGUCCAUUACUGACCGCACAGCCCACUAUAUCUCCACUCAGACUGCAGAGGCUGAUGCGGACAUCGACGUGAUGAGCUGGACUGGUCCCAGUGCGUGGACAGAUGCGGUGCUGGGAUAUCUACAGUGCGAUGACGAGCAGAUUCAGCAGCUCCGCGAUCUCCACGAGGUGGUUCGCGUUCGCGACGUAAUCAUCCUUCCACGACGAUCCUUUGCUGUCCUCCAGGGCGAAGAUCAGACUUCACCAGAUGUACUGGUUAAGCAUUAUUUCUCGGGAAGCUGGAAGACAUGUGCUCGAGAAUGGCUUCGCUGGCUGUGGCCGCGGGGUUGUUAA